AUGAGAAAGAGCGAAAAUAUACAUAUGCAUUUUCUCUCUCUCUCUUUCUCUGUCUCUCUCUUUCUCUCUCUCUCUCUCUCUCACUCUCUCUUUCUCUUGCACCAAACAACCCAUUUCUCCCCUUUCUUUCUUCUUUCUUUUCUUUCUUUCCUUCUUUCUUUUCUUUCUUUCUUUUCUUUCCUUCUUUCUUUCCUUCUUUCUUUCUUUUCUUUCUUUCCUUCUUUCUUUUCUUUCUUUCUUUCUUUCUUCCUUUUCUUUCCUUCUUUCUUUCUUUCAUUCCCUUCUUUCUUUCUUUUCUUUCUUUCUUUCCUUCUUCUUUCCUUCUUCUUUCCUUUUCUUUAUUUCCUUCUUCCUUUCUUUUCUUUCUUUCCUUUUUUCUUCCUUUCCUUUCUUUUCUUCUUCCUUCAUUUUCUUUAUUUCUUCCUUUUUUCUUUUUUCCCUCUCCCUUUUUUUUUUUUUUUUUUUUUUGCUUUCUUUCUCUUUGCUUUUACUUUCUUUCCCUUCUUUCUUAGCUUCUCUAUUCCGCCUUCAUAUGAUUUUAACAAGGGUGGAGCAGAUGCCUGUGUAGGAAAUCCAUUUUAUACCCACUCUCCUUCCACACUUUCUUUCUUUCUUUAA